AUGGUGGCAAAGUAUGAUUACUCGAAUAAGGAUGUGGGUGAUUGGCAAUGGAAAUGCGAGUUAUGGAAAGACCCCUUAAAUUUAUCGCAGGAAUUAAUAAGUCAAAAUCACCUCGUUAAAAUGGUAGAUUAUCCACGUUGCGAAAUAAACUGCCGAUACGGAUAUGAGACUGGUGAGGGUAUUUGCUCGCUAUGCAAAUACAAACCUAAACCAGAUGAACAUGAUUGUCCAUUUUGUGGCAUUAAUUGUAAAUACGGAUUUGAGACGGGAGAGGGUAUUUGCCCGCUAUGCAAAUGCAAACCUAAACCAAUUAAACCUGAUUGUCCAUUUUGUGGUAUUAAUUGUGAAUACGGAUUUGAGACGGGAGAGGGUAUUUGCCCGCUAUGCAAAUGCAAACCUAAGCCAGCGAUAGAUUGUCCACCAUGCUAUAUCCACUGUCCGAACGGAUAUGAACAAGGUCCGGGAUAUUGUCCCUUGUGCAAGUGUAAUCCAGAGCCAGAGACAAGGAGCUGUCCAUUGUGUGGCAUACAUUGUCAAUACGGGUAUGAGACGGGAGAAGGUAUUUGUCCUCUAUGCAAAUGCAAACCUAAACCGGAACUAGAGUGUCCACCUUGCAACAUCACGUGUCCGAACGGAUAUGAGCAGGGUACGGGUCCUUGUCCUUUAUGCAGAUGUAAUCCAGUGAUUGAUUGCCCACCUUGCGACAUCAAAUGUCCUAACGGAUAUGAACAAGGUCCGGGAUAUUGCACCUUAUGCAGCUGUAAUCCAGAGCCAGAGACAAGGAGCUGCCCAUUGUGUGGCAUAAACUGUCAAUACGGAUAUGAGACUGGUGAAGGCGUUUGUCCACUAUGCAAAUGUAAACCUAAACCGGACUCUUUAGAUCCAGAACCAAGGUAUCCAUUAUGUAGCAUAAGAUGCUUAUAUGGAUGGGAUACUGAAAUUGGGUGUCCAACAUGUGAUUUAGAUUGCCCUAAUGGAUAUGAGAUGGGCGAAGAUGGCUGUCCCUUAUGCAGAUGUAACCCAGUUAUAGAUUGUCCACCAUGCGAUAUCCACUGUCCGAACGGAUAUGAACAAGGUCCGGGAUAUUGUCCCUUAUGCAAAUGCAAUCCAGCGAUAGAUUGUCCACCUUGCGACAUUCAGUGUCCGAACGGAUACAUGGAGGGCGUAGGUCCUUGUUCUUUAUGCGAAUGUAAACCCAUUUUAGCUUGUCCACUAAUCGGAUGUAUAAAUAAUUGUCCCUACGGGUUUGAAGAAGAUGAAAGAGGUUGCCCCACUUGCCGAUGCAAAUCCGCCACUUACCACUGUAUUUGCUACGCAAAGGAUCCCAUAUUGGGAGGAAUACAUCACUCUCAUAUGUCACAUGGUCCUUGA